AUGCCGACUAUUUCCUCCCGGUCCGUGUCAUCGCGUGGAGCUCUCCUGUCUGGCGAUAACGGAAAGCCCGAUGAUGAUUGGUCCGGGUUGACUGAUCCUGUUGAACGGCGGAGGAGACAGAAUCGCAUCAAUCAAAGGGCAUAUCGAAGACGAAAGCAAGCUCAGCGACGAGCGCAAACAAGCCAUUCCAGCUCGGACUAUUCCCUCCCCACCACCCAGACACCGCCCUCCUCAACCGCAACCUCCAUCUCGAGCACAAGCCCAAACAAUGAAACCUCGCUAGUCGCCAACAAAAACUCCACUCAAUGUCUCAGCUCCAGUCAAGUCCGCCAAUACCUCGACAUAUUCGUCCGCACCGCCUACGAAAGCUACAUCCUCGGUUUCCCAACCUCCGACCACCUCCUAACCCUCAGCAAAGUCAACGUCUUCCGCGCCUUCGCCAGCAUCAUGUCGCUACUAGGAAUGUCCCACACCGAAGACUGGAUGCACGACGACGCUCUCUCCCCCUUCCCCACCAUGGGCCCAGGCUACAUCGACGAGCAGAAACUCCCGCCUAGUCUCCGACCGACGCGCUUACAGAAGACGGUCCCGCAUCACCCCUGGCUGGAUUUCUUCCCCAUCCCGAAAAUUCGAGAUAACCUGCUCACGACGGGGGAAGACAACUUCGACGACUGCCAACUGUGCGUUGAUAUCAUGGGGUUCUGGGACUCGGGGAUGGACGCCUGCUGUAUGCUGGUGUGGGGGGACCCCACGGAUCCGAAAAACUGGGAGGUCACAGAGAGGUUUCUGCAGAAGUGGCCGUGGGUCGUUAGGGGGUGUCCUGACUUACUAGAGUCGACGAAUAACUGGCGGCGGAAACGGGGGGAGAAGCUGAUUUUUCGAUAUCUGUAG